AUGAAAGAUGACGGCGUUCACAUCGUAACAGGGGAAUUUAAUGAACAUUUUGGAAGACACAUCGAAGGAUUUCAAAGUGCGCAAAGAGGCUACGGCUUUGGCUCUAGAAAUGAAGAAGGGAGAAGGCUGAUGAAGUUCUGUGAUACUCGUGGUUUACUGGUCUACAUCAACUUCAGGAAACCGGCCAACCAUCUGAUCAAUUACCAAUCCUGUGGGCGCACCAGUCAGAUUGACUACAUCCUCACCAAACACAGGGACAAGUGUAUGCCCGUAAAUACGAAAUCUGUCCUGGGCGAAGAAUGUACAACUCAACAUAAGCUAGUGGUUAGUGCCUUCAGGAUUAGGACCAGAAGGAUCCAGAGAUGCAAGUCGAUAUAG